CCCUGCCCCACUCGCCCCAAACACCCUCCUCGGGGUCCCACCGCGCUGGGGGGCCAGCAGUGACCCAUUUCCCGGGACAGGGGCACUCGGUGGCCUGGGGACACGUGGCUUUACAGUCAGGGGAGCAGCUUGGUCAGCCCCACCACGGUAUUUUUAACAGGUGACAGCGGGGCGAAAGUAGCCAGCCCUGAGUGAGCUUGGGGGCUAUUUUGGGCGGGCAGGAGCCGGGGCAGCUGCCGGAGCCGUGGCCCCGUGGCAGCCGGGAUCCUCGGGCCAGCAGGAGAGGUCAGCUGCCACUACCCAAAUUCUCAACGGCUGUUUCAUCCUCUCCAAAAUACUCGGCUGACAGGGCAGGACUUGCAAAACACACCCCCCUCCUCUGAAAUCCAUAUAAAUAGUACUCGCCCAACGGCUGGAAGGUUAGAGAAGUUUCUGGGCUCCAGGCUCAGGCAUUUAUUGCAGCUCUCACCCAGGAGCAGCAGGGAAAGUUACACAUAAAGUGCCAGAGAGUGAGAAGUGAGAGAGGAGCUUUUAAACCUCAGGAUAUUUGGUUUUAUUACUUUUUUUUUCUUCUCUCCUGACAAGAAGUUUUAUUUUCCUCUCCCCAGUCCUGGGAUCACAGCCAGACAGGAAGCGUUUUCUCGCGGCCAGAGAGCUCCCUCCGUCCUUCCUGCGCUCCUCCAGCUCCCGGUGAUUCAGCCUGAAUUGAUUUUCUCAUCGUCCUUUACCUGGUGCCGGGAAGGAGGGACCGUCCCCGCGCACCCACGUCCCACCCGGGGUGGAUGCUUCUCCUCCGGGACAGGCUCCCGGGGGAAGUUUGCAGCCAGGAGCAGCCGCACAGAGGCUGAGGCUCUGUUGGAGAGCCCCGGGGACACGCUCAGAGCCCUCCGAAGGAAGCCAUGGCCGAUAGCCAGAUGCCCUUCUCCUGCCAUUAUCCCGGCAGGCGCAGCCUCCGCGACCCUUUCCGGGAGCCCGGCCUGACCUCGCGCCUGCUGGACGAUGACUUCGGCUUGUCGCCCUUCCCCGGGGAUCUGACGGCGGACUGGCCCGACUGGGCUCGGCCCCGGCUCACCACCACCUGGCCGGGCCCCCUGCGCUCCGGCCUCGGCCGCACCCCCCCCAUGGCCCCCGCCUACGGCACCCACUUCGGGGGGUACCCCGAGAGCCGCAGCCCCGCGCCCUUCCCCCGAGAGCCCUGGAAGGUGUGUGUCAACGUGCACAGCUUCAAACCCGAGGAGCUGACCGUCAAGACCAAGGAUGGCUACGUCGAGGUGUCAGGCAAACACGAGGAGCAGCAGGUGGAAGGAGGGAUCGUCUCCAAGAACUUCACCAAGAAAAUCCAGCUGCCCUACGAGGUGGAUCCCAUCACGGUGUUCGCCUCCUUGUCCCCGGAGGGGCUGCUGAUCAUCGAGGCGCCCCAGAUCCCCCCCUACCAGCAGUACGGCGAGGGCAGCAGCGAGAUCCCCGUCGAGAGCCAGGAGGCCACCUGCACCUGAGCACCCCCGCGCCCCCUCCCCUGUCCCUUGUCCCCUUCCCCUUCCCGGUCCUGCCAGCCUCGGGUGACGGGUGCGGCUCCAGGGAUGGCAGCACCCGCCCCCCAGCUGAGCCGGGGCACUCAGCGCUGUCCCCCAGGGCUCGCAGCGCUCUGAGGUGCCGCUAGAGAUUGUGUGCCCGCGGGGCCGAGCAGAAAGGAUGUUCCUCCUCCUUAUGGUUGUUGUUUGUUCCGAGUCACUCGGAUGGGAUAUUUAUAACAGUAGCAAAAAAGGGCCUGUUUUUUUUUCUUUAAAAUUGACAUGGAAACCCGUAGCUCUUUGUCUUUUCCUCCUCCAUGAGUUUUUUUGUUUGUUUUUUUUUUUAAACUACAUCUCUGCGAAGGACACGUGUCCAGUGGCGUGGCCUCCAUCCUGAGAAAUGGUCUGCGUGCUUUGAACCUUGGUUUGGGGUUUUGGUGUUGGUUUUUUGUUGUUGUUUUUUUUCCUUAUUUCCAAAGAGAAUUUGUGCUUUUACUUGUCAGACCUGAGGAAUAAAACCCAGUUGAUGUUCUUA